AUGCGCGCGCCCUGCGUCCGGGCCGCGGGCCGCUGGGCCGUCGCCUGGGCGCUGUCGGCGUCCUGCGCCCCCCCCGCGCUCGCGUCCCGGCUGGCGGGGCGCGCGCGGCACGCGAGCCUGCACCACACCUUCCAGCUGUCGUCGGGCGCCAGCGUCACGCCGCUCCUGCACGGCGGGGCGGCGGAGGCGGCGGCCCCACCGGAGGCGGAGCUCCCGCCGGGAGUACCCGUGUCCAGCCGGCAGGUGGCGUCGCUGCUGCGCGUCCGCCGGGGCCGCGGGCAUUCGUUCCGCUCGUCGCAGCGCAGCAGCGCCGCGGUGCCUUGCACGGAUCUGUACGGCACCGAGUACGCGGGCCCCAUAUCCGUGGGCACCACGGUGGGUGCCGACGGCAAGCCCGCUCCUCAGGCCGACCUCCGGGUGAUCUACGACACCGGCAGCGCCGACUUCUGGGUUGCCUCGGACCUCUGCGAGCGCUUCCCGUGCACGCUCGGCGACCACCGCCGGUUCAACCACACGAAGUCGACGACUUUCCAGGCCAGCACGUCGCUGAUACAGGUCAGCUCCACCUACGGCAGCGGCACUCUGCGUGGGCUGCUCGGGGAGGAUGACGUGCGCAUCGGACCCCUGACGGUGAAGGGGCAGAAGAUCGGCCUCGUAUCCGAGGAGGUAGGCUCGGCGUUCGAGAUGAGUUUCGACGGCAUUGUGGGCCUCGGGUUCCCCUCCCUGAGCAAUGCCACCGCGACGCCGCUGUUCGACAACCUCGUGGCGCAGGGCAAGCUCGCGGCCCCAGAGUUCGCCUUCUACCUUCACCGGCGGCCGGACCGGGGAGGUGCGGUGCUGUGGGGCAGCACAGACAGCCGUCUGUACGAAGGAUCCGUGCCGCUGGCACGGUGGCGGACUGGUUCCCGGUGGUCGAGGAGAGCUAUUGGGCAUUAGAUUUGGUGUCCUUGCAGGUCGGUAACCGCACGUUCGUGGCACCCAAAACGACCAGAUCUGAUUGGGCUGCUCGCCGACACGACGGCCUGGUGAUCUCAGAAUUCGACCCCCUCCUGAUAGUCGACAGCGGCACCACCUUCUACUCGGUGGGCCCCGAGGCCUUCGACGCCGUCAUGGCCCAAGCGGACGCAAGGCCGUGCGAGCGGCUCGCGGGGCUGCCUCCAGUCGUGUUCACCCUAAGAGACCUGGCCGGUGAGCUGCAGGACUUCGCAAUACCGCCCGAGGAGUACAUGGUAAAGGACGCCUCGGCCGGGGGGACGUGCUACCCCGGCUUCGUGUCCGUCGGGCGCGACGAGGCCGAGGGGAAGGAUUUCUCGGAGGAGGAUCUCUUCGUGGCGUAGGUACUACUUCACCGUCUUCAGCCGCGAGGGCGCCGACGGCGCUCGGGGCGCGCGCGUCGGUGCCGCGCGCGCCGACCACGGCGCG